AUGCCGUCUAGGACGAGCUCGUCAAUCUGGCCGACCAGGGCAAGGACGCUGAAGCCAAGGAGCUCCCCGUCGAUGAGGACCUCCCAGGCAUCGGACAGUUCUACUGCCUCCACUGCGAGUAAACCCCUCCUCGACCACCACUCAGCCAAAGCAGGUCAUGUCCCCGCACUCGAACGCAUCAGGCCUGCCGUGGCGUACCUUGGACAUCCUGCUGCUCUGCCGCCGAUGUCGUGGCUCACCUUGGCCAGGAUGGCCAGAUCUCAUGGAGGUGUGGCCGUGCCUGUGUGGAGUCGCCAUCGCUUGGUCAUUGCCUCCUGGGAGAUCCGGCCGCUGGUGGGGAACCAUCGCUACUUUGCAAGUGAAAGCGUGAAGGAUGACCACUACCGCUCAAAGCGCCACAAGAAAAGGGUCAAGGCAAUGUCUGGGCCAGCCCCACACACGCAACUUGAUGCUGAACUUGCUGCUGGAAUGGGAAAGCCUGACAAUGGCCUGAAGCUUAUGUCCAUGUGA